AUGACAGGUCACUUUUGUAAUCUUAGAAACCAAGUGGAUGACAUUUUCCUGCGAGUAUCAUCAGACAGCAACAGGAAACGGCCUUCGCUAUCUGUUGAAGACAAAAGUUAUCCUACUAAUUCAUUUCUUCUUUUUGCCAAUGUGUUAGCUUUUUGGUUGUUCUUGGUGGCAAGCUCUUAUUUUCUCUUGAGCAAAAGUGUUUAUACUUUUGGAGGUUGUAGAGAAAGGCAUGCAAAGAAAGUUUCUUCAUCUGACUGUCCUAUAUCAAAAGUAAGCAUAGAGAAUGAUGCACAUGCUGCAAAUGAUAUGCUUAGCUGUUCUGAGAGCGCAGGGUGUUCUCAUAGAAAUUCUUACAGUAACAGCUAUACUGAGCUAUGCUCCAAUGCUUAUUUUGAUAUUUCAGAUUUGGACAAAACAAGUUACAUGAAUUCUUUACUCAGUCUUGAAGAUGAUGACUCUGAGUGGCUCUCUGAUUCAAUGCCUUGUGGAAGUUCAUCUGAGGACCCUUCAACUCCUCUUAGCUACAAGUGUGAUGCUUAUUAUGAGAUUUCGGUCUUUGAGCAAGGAAAUUACUUGCAUUCUUUACUCAAUCUUGAUGAUGAAGAUUCUGAAUGGUUCUCAGAUUCGAAGUCUUUUGGAAGUUCAUCAGAGGAACCUUCAGCUACUCGUAGCUACGAUAGUGAUGCAUACUAUGAGAUUUCAGAUUUUGACGAAGCAAGUUACUUGCAUUCUUUACUUUGUCUUGAAGAUGAAGAUUCUGAGUGGCUGUCAGAUUCGAAGUAUUUUGAAUGUUCAUCUGAGAAUCCUUCAACUCCUCUUAGCUACACGAUUGAUUUAGCUUCUGAGAUUUCAGAUGUGGACAAAGCAAGGUACUUUCCUUUCUUCCUUAAUUUUGAAGAUGGUGACGUUGAGUGGCUCCCAGAUUUAAAGCCUUAUGCAUGCUCAUUUGAGAACCUUUCAACUCCUCUGGGUUACAAGAGCAACUCUCUCUCUGAGAUUUCAGAUUUGGACAAUGUACGUAACAUAGAUUCUUUACUCAAUCUUGAAGGCGAAGAAUCCCAGUGGCUCUCUGAUUCCAAAUCUUUUGAAUGUUCAUCUGAGAAUCCUUCAACUCCUCUUACAUUCAAGAGUAAAAUUUCAGAUUUGGAUAAAGCUUGUUACUUGCAUUCCUUACUAAGUCUUGAGGAUGAUGACUCUGAGUGGCUCUUAGAUUCAAAGCCAUAUGCAUGUUCAUCUGAGAACCUUUCAAAGCCUCUCAGCUACAGGAGUAAUGUUAUCUCUGACAUUUCAGAUUUGGACAAAGCAACUUACAUGCAUUCUUUACUCAAUCUUGAAGAUGAAGACUCUGAGUGGCUCUCAGAUUCAAAGUCUUUUGGAUGUUCAUCUGAAAACCCUUCAACUCCUCUUAGCUACAAGUUUGAUGAUGUUUCUGAUAUUUCAGAUUUGGACAAAGAAUGUUACUUGCAAAACUUUGACCAACUCUUAGCUAGUAAAUCUUACUAUGGAUGUUCCUCUGAGAAUUCAACUCCUCUUAGCUCCAAGUGUGAUUCUUACAAUGAGAUUUCUGAUUUGAACAAAGCAAGUUACUUGCAUUCCUUUCUCAUUCUUGAAGAUGAAGACUCUGAGUCGUUCUCAGAUUCGAUUGGUUUGGACAUUGUGGUUCCUCCUUCAGUCUCUCCUGCUUCUCUCGUGGGAGAAAACUUUGACAACUCAAAAUAUAAUAUUUCAAUGGAGAAUCUAUUUGAAACUGCAGGUGUGAAAGAAGAAUUCAGUGCUGAGGAACCAUUGUUUUGGCCAUUGGAAGGGAAACUCAAUUGGAAAUCUGAGGAACCUUGGAGUUCAUUUUGUAGCUCCCCGAGGGGAAGGUUUGCAUUGAAGUCUAGACCAACCACUUCAAAGAUAAAUGAGAGUAAUAAACAAAAAGGUGAUGAGGCUCUAUGGAGUGUAAACUGUGAAAUUUCAAGGUCAUGCAUGUGGUCUAAAAGUUCAGUAAAGAUAGUACCUCUAGAGUGUGAGGAUAUCAAAUCAGCCAAGGACUUUCUUCUGGGAAAGGAUUAUUUUGAUUUGGGUCAAGAGCUUCCCAUUGAGACAUUGGUGGGGCUGAAGGAAUUUGAUGGACAUGAGGGUCUUGAUUCAGAAUUCAAUGAUGUUUUUAUGUUGGACGGAAAACAACUCCAAUAA